GCACCCAUGGCGGCGGCGGCGGGACCGGUCGGACCGGGAGAACCGAGUCCCAGCACCCGGCGCGGGCCCCGCCCCCCCGACUCCGCCGCCGCCGCCGCCGCCCGUGCCUCAGUUUCCCCCGCGGGCCGAGCAUGGAGACCCCGUGGCCGCUGCUGCUGCUGCUGCUGCUGUGGGCGCCGCCGCGCGUGCGCGGUGACGACGGCGGCGACUUUGACCUCGCGGACGCCUUGGACGACCCCGAUCCGACCUCGAAGCCCAGCGGGGGUCUCUACCCGAAGCUCCCAGUGGACCCGCUGCCCUCGGACCCACACGGCGGAGGUGUCUACCCCCCACCCAGGCCCCGCCCACAGCCUCAGCCCCGCCCACAGCCUCAGCCCCGCCCACAGCCUCAGCCCCGCCCACAGCCGAGCGACACCAAUGGCUUCGGAGGCCCACGCUGCUUUGUGCCUGGAGGGGGCGGGGGCUCAUUAUUUACACAUUCAGAUUUAUGCAAAUGA